AUGGCGGCGUUGUUAGUCCCGGUGAAAUGUGGAUUUCACUUUCAAAGACGAAAAUGUGCACUUUUACUUCAACAGGCAAGUUCGCAUCAUAUUUGGAGAGGAAAUGACAAACUUCACGGCAAGCAACGGAAACAACAGACUACGUAUUUGCUGAGCCCCAACCUGAGGACAGCCACGUGGACUGUCAGCAGGAGUGAUAACAGCCGGCGGAUACUGGAAGCUGCAAAGCAUUUGCAGGUGACGGAGCGGACAUGUUGGCAUGGGAACGCAGGUGGAAGACUAAACGCAGACCCCAGAAAUGUGUUGAAGGAGGUGAAUUCCAGGAUCAUCCUCUCCAACAUGUUAUCCUAUGUCUGGCCAAAGGAUCGGCCCGAUCUGCGCGCUAGAGUAGCCUUAGCCCUGGGGUUACUGGCUGGUGCCAAGUUUACCAACGUGAUGGUGCCGUUCAUGUUUAAAUAUGCUGUGGACGAACUCAACGGUCUAUCAGGAAACAUGUUGAAUCUCAGCGACGCCCCCAGCACUGUGGCUACAAUGGCAACCGCCGUUCUGAUUGGCUACGGCGUGUCCCGUGCCGGCUCUGCCCUCUUCAACGAGCUGCGUAAUGCAGUUUUCGGGAAGGUGGCCCAGAAUUCCAUCCGCCGCAUAGCUAAGAACGUGUUCCUGCACCUGCACAACCUCGACCUGGGCUUCCACCUGUCCCGCCAGACGGGGGCGCUGUCCAAGGCCAUCGACCGGGGAACCAGAGGGAUCUCCUUCGUCCUCUCGGCCAUUGUCUUCAAUCUGGGACCGACCAUGUUCGAGAUGGGCCUGGUCUCUACUGUCUUGUAUUACAAGUGUGGUGCGGACUUUGCGGCUGUGACUCUUGGUACUCUGGGAGCAUAUACAGCCUUCACCAUCGCGUUCACACAGUGGAGGACUCGUUUUAGGAUUGAGAUGAACAAAGCAGAUAAUGAUGCUGGCAACGCCGCUAUCGAUUCUCUACUUAACUACGAGACUGUUAAGUAUUUCAACAAUGAGAAAUAUGAGGCAGAGAGGUACGACGGUUUUCUGAAGGUCUAUGAAGCCUCCUCCCUGAAAACCACCACCACUCUGGCUAUGCUGAACUUUGGACAGAGUGCCAUCUUCAGUGUUGGCCUGACGGCUAUCAUGGUGUUGGCCAGCAAGGGCAUCAUGGCAGGCUCCAUGACAGUUGGGGAUCUGGUAAUGGUCAAUGGUCUGCUCUUCCAGCUUUCUCUUCCUCUUAACUUCCUGGGCACUGUGUACAGAGAGACACGCCAGGCUCUCAUUGACAUGAACACCCUGUUCACCCUGCUCAGUGUUGACACCAAGAUCAAGGAGAAGGAUCUGGCCCCUCCUCUCCUCGUGACCCCCCAGGAAGCCACCAUCAGGUUUGAGGAUGUCUACUUUGAGUACUUGGAGGGACAGAAGGUUCUAGAUGGGGUCACCUUCGAAGUGCCAGCUGGGAAAAAGGUGGCCAUUGUAGGAGGCAGUGGAUCUGGAAAGAGCACGAUAGUGCGAAUGUUGUUCCGCUUCUAUGAGCCCCAGAAAGGGAACAUCUACAUUGCAGGACAGAACAUCAGAGAUGUGAGCCUGGACAGCUUGAGGCGGGCUGUAGGAGUAGUGCCCCAGGAUGCCGUGCUCUUCCACAACACCAUUUUCUACAACCUGCAGUAUGGGAACAUCCACGCCACCCCAGAGGAGGUGCACGAGGUGGCGAGGCUCGCAGGGCUACACGAUGCUAUUCUUAGGAUGCCACAUGGAUAUGAAACACAGGUCGGGGAGAGGGGCCUCAAACUUUCAGGCGGAGAGAAGCAGCGUGUAGCGAUAGCCAGGGCCAUUCUGAAGAACCCUCCUAUUCUUCUUUAUGAUGAAGCCACAUCCUCACUGGACUCCAUCACUGAGGAGAACAUAAUGAGUUCGAUGAAGGGUCUGGUCCAGGAUCGGACAACAGUGUUCAUCGCUCACAGAUUGUCCACCAUCGUAGACGCAGAUGAAAUCAUUGUUCUCAACAAGGGGAAGGUAGCUGAACGAGGAGAUCACCACUCCCUCCUGGCCACGACGGGCUCCCUGUACGCUGACCUGUGGAACACCCAAAACAGCCGGAUCCUGAACAGCAAGAGCGGGGUGGACGCGCCUCCACCAGAAAGACUGAGCCAGAAGGAGGCCGAGAGGAAGAAACUGCAGGAGGAGAUCAUGAACAGUGUCAAGGGCUGUGGAAACUGCUCCUGUUGACAGGAGAGACAAGGGCAGGAGGUCCCACCUCCACCGACACCUCCUUCCUAUCUUCAUCACCAGCGUGCACUCAGCCCCUCCCCCAGCUCCUCCUGAAAAGGUGAUUGGUGGAGGAAACUAUGGAAGGCCGUCAUUGGCUGCCUACACAGAGGAAUAGGUCCCAUCCUACAGAGAACAUGAAGUGUCACUCACCACAUUGUCUCUUCAGAUGCUUGUGGGUGACACCUUGUUGUGUUGCUCUGUGCUCCUCUCACUUGUUCCCGUGAACCACGUCGACGCGACUGGAUGCUCAUCAGGCUGAAAUUGACCACAAUGCAUCAGGACCAGCGCCAAGGCAACCGUUCUGUGACGAGUUCCAAUGCUCGUGGGUAGUUAACUGAACUUGGAUCGGGUAUUCUCUUGAAUGACACUCUGGUUCACUGACAUCUGAAAUUGUUAAUUGACUCAGCAGGUGACGGGGACUCAUUUGGACUGUCAGAACUGGGCAAGAGCGAGACGGGGAGACAUUGUUCUGCAAAUCGGUUCAGCCAAACAUAAGAUGAGUGAGAAGGUGGAAGACAUUGAUCAGUAUGAUGUUUGUCUCCAUGGGUUCUGUUCUUGGUGGGUGGUUGAGGUCCCUUUCAGAGGUGGUGUUGGUAUUUCUAACUGACCCUAACCUCUGUAGGAAGUAGAGAUAUGCCUUGAUAACAUAUGUUGACAGAAUUUAUUUGUUAAUUAUUUUUACAUAUAAUUAGGAAGGUAUGUAGGUGUUUUUUGUUAAGGAUGUGUAUAUUGUCUAAGUCAGGAUUCAAAGGUUUCUCAAGACUAAACCUCUGUCACACAUUGUCCAGGUAUCUGUGGCUAUAAAAUGUAUUUUUCUCCAACAAAGAACAUCUACUUGUAUGAAUCAGUCAUUUUGAAGGUUGCAACAAGAAUCGCACUCUUUAAAUAACAUAAUUACAAUCCAGGACGUACGUUACCAUCCGAAGGACUCAAAGGUCAAGAAUAUCUACACACUGGUGACCACUAGAAGCCUCUGUUUUUAUAUAGCUGCCCUGAACACAUCCACCACCACUGACAGAGUAAUCUAAUUGGCUGACUAGUCUCCGUAUAAAAUACACCUGCAUAUUAAAAAGAUAAUGUAUGAAAAAACCUUAUUGAAGGUUUUCUGAUUAUUCUGUGUACAUGUGAUAUUGAAAAUGUAGUCAUUCUCCCUCAUGGCCUCUGCCAGAUAGACAUUCUAUAGUCCAACCUAUCAAAUCAGCGGACUGUCUCAAUGGCAGUUAAUGUUCACGUAUUUGAAUGAAACCCUCUCUGGUCUGCAGAGGACACUGGAAACAACACAGGAGUACGACCUUCAUCCAUCCUACAUACAUAUGCUCUUCUGAACACCCAGAAGCUUCUUUUCUAGGACUCAUUCAAAUUCUAUAUCUACUGCAUGUGAAUGUGGAAGACUGUAUGUAUUUCCUGAUUAAUGUCUAAUUUUCCUGGGAUAUUUGGGCAGAUUAGAAGGUUUUACAGUUGGUUUUUAACCCUUGUUCUGUUGUCUAGGGUGCUGAACACAACACGCCAUCAUGAGGAAUACACACCCUCGCUGUAUGUACUGUACAUAUGCCCCAAUAAAAUGAUUGCCGAGAAAUCAGAAUGAAAUAUCGCAGCUAAUGAUCUCUGUUUUAUAACAACCUGUCGAACCUGUACGUGUAUUUUUGCUGAAGAGUUACAUUUACUGUCACUCCUGUUUUCAGUCCAUUUUUCGCCCUACGAAGACCACGGCCAGCCCUUUGUCCUAUCAUGUUGUUAUCAUAUGUUAUUUGGGAUCCUUUUCUCCGUACAGAAUCUGUUUCCAUAUGUCUAUAUCCAAUACAGACCAAAACAAUGUUUGUGAAAUACUAUUAACUCAUUCUGCAGAUAAUGUGAUUGCUAUUAUAACAAUAUGUUUGCAAAUUGUGCUUUAUGGUGGAAACGAGUAGAUGAUUAUAUACUAUUAGCUGUGCUAUAUAUGUAAUAUAUGUAAUAAAUACAUGACAUAAAAGGUU